CCAAAUCUUGACACGUUUCUAAGUAAGCCGCAAAGCAAAAUCAAUUAUUUAUAAGCUAGGAUUAUCGUCCUCCGUAGCAAUAUUGUUCAGGCAGGGUUUACUAAUGUGACACUUUAGGACCGUAUAUUUACAAUUGGGCAACCCAAAUCUCCUCUUCGAGGCUUUUAAGGCUUAACGAUAGGCAGAAUAUGAGCAACCAUUGCCCAGAAGUUCAUAACUCUUGUGCAUUGGCAUACAAGUUUAAUUGCACUGCAAUAGCAAAUCAUAGGCACAAGUAAGGCGUUAAUUCCAAUUGCUCCACGUACGAACCAUGGAUAGGUCUGGAACAUAAAGCUCCUAGACAUAGCUUUUUGGCUUUAUAUAAAGAGCUCGCUGAUGUUGGCCUUCAGCACAUUUCUUCAAAUCCAUCUUACCAGAAACAAGCAAAUUGUGUGGCUUUGAAACGUCCCACUAUAUAACGAGCACAGCCCGUGAAAAUUUUACACGACAUUUUCGCCCCUGCUUAUCUCGUCGAAGAUAUAUAAGAGUUACAAAAUCAUCCUCGCAAUUUAUCUACGCCGAAACCAAUCAAAAACCACUUAAUGCCCGCUGCCUAGUAGAGAUAUAUGUUGAUAUCUUAAAAAUUCCAGCAAUGACUUACGAAGUACGAGCUCCAUCCCAAGCGCCAACAGGGAAAUGGCAAGGCCCAAACAUCUUAUAUAUAUCAGCAUCAAGGAUCACGUCGAGACAACUGAAGCAGUAUCUUGAUCAUAAAUAUCCUGGUCAAUACUCUGUACAGUUAAAACGGGACCAAUUCACGAUCACAUUAACAGGGCAGGAAAAAGAAGCGUUGUGAGUGUAUGAUCAUGGCAUCUUCUUACAUUAGAUGUAUUACCUCGCUAAUUAGAGCCCAGCUAUGAUGGCGAUGGCGAUGGCGGUGGCAAUUUAGGGCGAGAUUAGAAGGCAUCAAAAUGAUAGGAUGUACUAUCACACUUGGGAGUAUAAUUAUAUUAACACACGUGGCACUCUUUGGUCAUGACUCGAUUGCAUUGGACGUUAAGGAUUAUACCUGAAUUUCAUAGGUCAACCUUACCACAUACAAGACGUGUUCAAGCAUGCCCAACAGACCCCUUUUAAACCACUUAACUUUGGUUAAGCGAUAGCAAUACUUAUUUAGUCUAUACUUUAUGUAUUGGUAGCUAGAUUUGAUUAGCUUGGGCGAUUUAAUCAUUUAUAUUCUUUUCGUGGAAAUUUUAAGCAAGGCAUUGGUAUGGUGGACCAUUAGUGCAACUGUGCCAAAAUCAAUAAAAUAAAUC